CCGCAGUCUCUGGUCAUCUCCUGUACCGUGUCCGCAGUCUCUGGUCAUCCCCUGUACUGUGUCCGCAGUCUCUGGUCAUCUCCUGUACUGUGUCCACAGUCUCUUGUCAUCCCCUGUACUGUGUCCUCAGUCUCUGGUCAUCCCCUGUACCGUGUCCGCAGUCUCUGUCUCUGGUCAUCCUCUGUACCAUGUCCGCAGUCUCUGGUCAUCUCCUGUACCGUGGCCACAGUCUCUGGUAAUCCCCUGUACUGUGUCUGCAGUCUCUGGUCAUCUCCUGUACCGUGUCCUCAGUCUCUGGUCAUCCUCUGUACCGUGUCCGCAGUCUCUUGUCAUCUCCUGUACUCUGCAGUCUCUGGUAAUUGUCUGUACCGUGUCCGCAGUCUCUGGUCAUCUCCUGUACCAUGUCCGCAGUCUCUGAUCAUCUCCUGUAGUAUGUCCGCAGUCUCUGGUCAUCUUCUGUACUGUGUCUGCAGUCUCUGGUCAUCUCCUGUACUGUGUCCGCAGUCUCUGGUCAUCUCCUGUACUGUGUCCGCAGUCUCUGGUCAUCUCCUGUACUGUGUCCGCAGUCUCUGGUCAUCUCCUGUACUGUGUCCGCAGUCUCUGGUCAUCUCC